AUGUCCGCGACAAGUCGGCGAGAUGCAUUGGCAAUCCAGAACCCACGCAAAGACGACGAAGGCAACGUCAUGACCAUCAACAUUACGCCGCGUGCCGCACAUCGCCUGCAGAAGAUCGCCUCCACGGACAACAAUCCUAAGCUUGCCUUACGAGUAGCGGUAGAAUCAGGAGGUUGCCAUGGAUUCCAGUAUCUCAUGAGCCUGAUCAAUAUGGAGGAUGUGGACCCGGAAGAAGAUACGAUCUUUGAGAAUGAAGAGGUAGUCAGUGGCGGUGAUGAAGGAUAUAAAGCGAAAGUCGUCAUGGACCAGCCAAGUCUGGAGCUGCUAAAAGGAAGUUCGGUGGAUUACACGAUGGAGUUGAUUGGGAGUCAGUUUAAGGUGACGGGUAUACCAGGAGCAAAGAGCAGCUGUGGAUGUGGGACGAGUUUUGAUAUUGCGACAUAG